AUGGGCUGUGGGGCGCGGUGCGGCGCGUUCCCCGCGGGGCGGCGCGGAGCGGCGCGCUCCCCGCGGUGCGGAGCGGCGCGCUCGGAGCGGCGCGGAGCGGCGCGGUGCGUUCCCCGCCGUGCGGUGCCCGCGGUGCGCUCCCCGCCCGGGCGCGGCGCUCGGCCCUGGCAGCGCUGGGGCCGCCGCGGCUGCUGCGCCUGCGGCCGCCGCCGAUGUCGCACCAUUUGGCUGUCACCCUGUCGCAAAGGCGUCGCUGCUUUGCGGCUCCCGGAGCACGUGACUGUGCGGGGAGGAAGAGCGGGCUCCCUCGGAGGCGGAGAGCGGCGCGCGCCCCCCGGCCCCACCUCACCCGCGCGGGCCGAGCGGCGCGAGGCGCCGAGCGCGGGAAGCCCCUCACUCCUCUCAGCCCCUCACUCCUCUCAGCCCGUCAGCCCCUCAGCCCCGUCGCUCCCCUCAGCCCCAUCGCUCCCCUCGGCCCCUCACUCCCCCUCAGCCCCGCGGCCGCCUCGCCGCCUCCCUCGUUGCACGCUCCGCUGGUUGGCGCUUCCCCAUCCAUUAGGCUCCAGCUCUGGGAAUCCUGUCGUUUCCUCCUGUGGUGGCGGGAUUUGGGGGGCGUCUGGCACAUUCCGUGUGUUGGGGGCUGCAGAGGCUCGGCUCUCCCGGGCCCAGGAGACAGACUUGUCUCACCUUGUGUUGUGGAAGUUGAUGUGUGUGACUUGUGAACUUCUGGUCAUCCUCAACCAAUUUGAACUUGCUGUUUUGAAAUCUGCAACAAAGACUGACAAAAUCAGGAAGAAGCUCUCUACCAAGGGAACUGCACAUGUGACAAGGUUACUGAGGGUACCGAUGCUGAUCCAUCUGAUCUGAGCCUUUUCUCUGAACAACUUCCAUAGGACAGUGCAGGACCUGCAGAGUUGUUGGGUUUUUUUGGCAUUAUCCUGGACUUGAAGAGCUUGCUUUUCUCCCAAAUUGUUUACAUUAUCAGGGUGCUUAUUCCAUAAACUUACUGCUGGACUGUGUGACUUAAUUGGGCAAAUAACUAUUAUUCUCUUUCAUCAAAAAGUGAUUCUAGAUCUCCAAGCAUGGCUAACCUCUUUCAUUUUGGAUUGUAAUAAAAUCUAAUCUUACUGAUUAUUCAACCCUUUUUGAUCAUAUAGAUGUUAUCUC